GCCCGCCCGCCGCGCUCCCUCCCCGCCUCCCCCCCCCUCCCUCCCGCCCUCCCUCCUCCCGCUCCGCCCGGAGCGCCCUUCGCCCAACGCCGUUACCGGCGCCGACACAGCCGAGGCCUGAGCGCUGCCGCAGCCUGAGCCGAACCCGUGCUGCCCACCAUGGACACCGGAGUCAUCGAAGGGGGUCUCAAUGUCACUCUCACCAUCCGGCUACUCAUGCACGGAAAGGAGGUGGGAAGCAUCAUUGGGAAGAAAGGGGAGUCCGUGAAGAAGAUGCGUGAGGAGAGCGGAGCUCGCAUCAACAUCUCGGAAGGGAACUGCCCCGAGCGGAUCAUCACCCUCGCGGGACCCACCAACGCCAUCUUCAAAGCUUUUGCGAUGAUCAUUGACAAACUGGAAGAGGACAUCAGCAGCUCCAUGACCAACAGCACAGCUGCCAGCCGGCCCCCGGUCACCCUCCGGCUCGUGGUCCCUGCCAGCCAGUGCGGGUCCCUCAUUGGCAAGGGAGGCUGCAAGAUCAAGGAGAUCAGAGAGAGCACGGGGGCACAGGUCCAGGUGGCAGGGGACAUGCUGCCCAACUCGACUGAGCGAGCCAUCACCAUUGCUGGGAUCCCACAGUCCAUCAUCGAGUGCGUCAAACAGAUCUGCGUCGUCAUGCUUGAGUCUCCCCCGAAGGGUGUCACCAUCCCAUACCGACCCAAGCCAUCCAGCUCUCCCGUCAUCUUUGCAGGCGGCCAGGACAGGUACAGCAGCGGCAGUGCGAGCUACCCCCACACCGCCCCAUCCAUGUGCCUCAACUCUGACUUGGAGGGACCACCUCAGGAGGCCACCCGGCAGCCACUGCAUGGCAACGAACUUGGGCCAAUUCCAGCCUGGGCUGCAGUUCUUCCGGCCUAUACCAUUCAAGGACAGUAUGCCAUUCCACAGCCAGAUCUGACCAAGCUGCACCAGUUGGCAAUGCAACAGUCACACUUUCCAAUGUCUCAUGGCAACACUGGAUUCAGUGGCGUUGACUCCAGCUCUCCAGAGGUGAAAGGCUAUUGGGGUUUGGAUGCCUCUGCCCAAACCACCUCCCAUGAACUCACCAUUCCAAACGAUCUGAUUGGCUGCAUCAUCGGGCGUCAGGGCGCCAAGAUCAACGAGAUCCGCCAGAUGUCCGGGGCUCAGAUCAAGAUUGCCAACCCCGUGGAAGGUUCUACUGACAGGCAGGUGACCAUAACUGGAUCUGCAGCGAGCAUCAGCCUGGCCCAGUAUCUAAUUAAUGUCAGUUUAGAAAGCGCUAAACCCUCCUCCCAGGCAGCCUCCGUCACGAUCCCUGACCACCUCAGCAUCAACCUCUCUCAAUCCUCCACCCCUUCUUCUUCUUCCUCCUCCACCACCACCCCCUCGCUCGCCACCGCGGGGGCCUCCGACGCACCCUCCAGCCUCCCCAACCCUCUUCCGACCGCCCCUUGUGUCUCCAGUCUGCUUGGCAUGAAACCUGUCCCUCUCCUGGCACUAAAUGUCGUGUCUGCGGCCAAAGGCGCCGCGGCGCCCGCCGUGCCCUGUGUCACUAACAAACUCAAAGCGGAGAAGCAAAGGUUUUCCCCGUACUGAGGCUGCUCCAGGGGCUGGCAGCACCGGGACCCCGCAGAGGAGACUUGGAACACCAAUUUUUUUUUUUUUCCCCCUCUAUUUUUUCCUCUUUUUUUUUUUUUUUUUUUAAUAUUUUUAUUUUAUUAUUACUGUUUUGGGUGGUUUUUUUGUUUGGUUUGGUGUUGUUUUUUUUUGGUUUUUUUUGUGUUUUUUUUUUGUUUUGUUUUGUUUUUUUUUAUAGAUUUUCCUUUUUUUACUGAGCUCGUGCUGCCCUCGCAGCAGCAGAGCUUUUCUUGCCGGGACACAGAGAGAAUGUGUCCCAGUGUCCUGUGAUUGGUCACAAUUCCUUCUCUGCCUGCCUCUAGUUGUUGCUUGAUGCAUUUUUUAUAAUUUUUCUUUUCCAUUUCUCCUCCUUUUCCCUUUUUUUUUUUUUUUUUUUUUUUUCCUUUUUGAGUAGUUUGGGCACAGUUGUGGGGUUUGGGGUGGGAUAGGGGGUGGCGGGAGGGAAGGGACUCUUGACUUUUUUUUUUGGGGGAGGGGGAACUGCAUCCCCGGUGCCCUGGGGGCCUCACCUGUCCUCUCUUAACUGUCUGUACCUGUAAUAAAGUUGCCACGGUGAGAAUCUGCUCUGGUAGAUGUGUGCCGCAGCGGGGCCCGGCCCGGGGGUCCCCUCUGCCUCAGGGAGGGGUCUCCCCCCCACCCACACCCCUCAGUCACAGCAAGGGCCGAGCCUGGAGGGGCCUAGGGGGGUGGGCUGCCCUUGGGGGUCCCUGCUGGCCCAGGGACCCUCUGCAGUGUCUGUGUGUGCCCUGCCACCCGGGGGGGGGUCCCUGCCCUGCUGGAGGUGCCCCCCCUUUCCCUGCGCUGUCCCUCCUCCGCUGCCUCCUCCCCACCCCCCCGGAGGUGUCCCGGGCUCUCCCCCUCCCCAAACCCUCGAAGCAGAGCCCCCCACGCUCAGCCCAGGAUACCCCCCUCCCCCCCUCCCCGUGCCAUUCCAGGCCGGGGGGGCUCCCCCCUUUCCUGGCUGCUUGUGCAGAGCCCCCCAAACCCCUCCCGAGGGGGGGUUCCCCCAUGGGGCCACCUUCUUGCCCCCCGUCUCGGGGCUCCCCCUGCCCUCCCUCCCGAGGGUGUCCCUCCUGCCCGUCUCGGUGCUGGGGGGUCCCUCUGACGCCCUUUUCUC